AUGGUAGAUGCGAUUAUGAGCUUCGUCGUAGGAAAGGUGGGCAACUAUCUAAUCGAAGAAGCGUCCAUGUUGAUGGGAAUCAAAGACGAACUAGAAGAGCUGAAAGCAGAGUUGAUGUGCAUCCAAGGUUAUCUCAAGGAUGUUGAAGCUCGAGAAAAAGAAGACGAGGCCUCAAAAAUGUGGACAAAACUGGUGUUAGACAUAGCUUACGAUGUCGAAGAUGUUUUGGACAGCUAUUACCUAAAAGCGGAAGAAAGAUCACAAAGGCGAGGCAUGAGGAGAUUGACGAACAAAAUAGGCAAGAAGAUGGAUGCAUACAACAUAAUUGAUGAUAUCAAGCUCCUACAGAGAAGAAUCUUAGAUGUCACACGCAAGAGGGAGACUUAUGGCAUAGGAAACUUCAAUGAGACUCGAGCAGGAGAGAAUACUUCAGGUUUGAGGGUGAGGCAGCUUCGGCGUGCUCGUUCUAUUGUUCAGGAAGAGCGUGUAGUUGGUUUGGAAGAUGAUUUCAAGAUUCUUUUGGCGAAGCUUCUUAAUGAUGAUGGCGAUCAUAAUAGAUAUAUGAUCUCCAUAUUCGGCAUGGGAGGUCUUGGAAAGACUGCUCUUGCUAGGAAGCUCUACAACUCAGAGGAUGUGAAGAGAAAAUUCCACCAAUACCGUGCAUGGACAUAUGGCUCUCAAGAGUAUGAUAUAAGAGAUAUGCUUAUGAGAAUUAUUAGAUCUUUGGGAGUGACUCAUGGAGAGGAAACAGAAAAAAUUAGGAUGCUUGCAGAGGAGGACUUAGAAGUUUACCUUUAUGGUCUUCUAAAAGGGAAAAAGUAUUUGGUGGUGGUAGAUGAUAUAUGGGAGAGAGAAGCGUGGGAGAGCUUGAAGAGAGCUUUACCAGGAAAUCAUAACGGAAGUAGAGUCAUCAUCACUACUCGUAUCAGAGCUGUUGCUGAAGGAGUGGAUCAGAGAGUAUACGCCCAUAAGUUAAGGUUCUUGACAUUUGAAGAAAGCUGGAACUUGUUUGAGCAGAAAGCAUUUAGAGAUAUAAGACCGGUCAAUCAAGACCUGGAGAGAAUCGGAAAAGAGAUGGUUACAAAAUGUGGUGGACUGCCUCUUGCUAUAGUUGUUCUUGCUGGGCUCAUGUCUAGGAAGAGGCCAAACGAGUGGAACGAUGUGUAUGACAGUUUAUGGCGACGCCUAAAGGAUGACUCCAUUCAGUUCUCCACUGUGUUUGAUCUAAGUUUCAUGGAGCUGAAACACGAGUUGAAACUUUGCUUUCUUUACCUCAGCGUCUUUCCAGAAGACUACGAGAUCGAUGUAGAGGAGUUGGUUAGAUUACUUGUAGCAGAAGGAUUUAUACAAGAUGAUGAAGAGAUGGAAGAUGUAGCUCGAUAUUACAUCGAAGAGCUGAUAGACAGAAGCUUACUCGAAACAGUGAGAACAGAAAGAGGAAAAGUGAUGUCUUGUAGAAUCCAUGAUCUUCUGAGGGAUGUGGCUGUUGAGAAAGCAAAAGAUCUCAACUUUGUAAAUGUUUACAAGGAGCAACAUUCAUCUACUACUUGCAGAAGGGAAGUGGUUCACCAUCUUAAGAACAAGGAAUACUUGUGCGACAGGCGUGUGAACAAAGGGAUGCGAUCUUUCUUGUUCUUUGGAGAGGGGAUGCUGGAUAAUUACGUAGACACCAUUACCUUGAAGCUGAAGCUACUUCGAGUGCUUAAUCUUGGAGGGAUUCACUUUUUUUGUAACGGAGAAUCGCAAUCGAGAUUACCAGAUGAGAUCGGAGGUUUAAUCCACCUGAGGUACCUUGGGAUCGCUGAUACUUCUAUCUGGAAUAUACCAGAGUUUAUCUCAAACUUACACUUUCUACAGACACUCGAUGCAUCGGGAAACUCCAACUAUUUCCAGGGAAGAACCGAUCUACGUAACCUCACAUCACUAAGGCAUGUCAUCGGAAGAUUCGUUGGAGAACUGCUAAUAGGUGAUGCAGUUGACCUUCAGACCUUGAGAACUAUUUCAUCCUAUAGCUGGAGCAAACUUACAAAACACGAGUUACUCAAAAAUCUUCGGGAUUUGGAAAUCUAUGACUACUCUAGGGUGGUUGACCAGAAAAGAGCUCCUCUGGACUUCAGUUCUUUUUCUAAACUGCCAAAACUUCGCGUCCUCAAGCUGGAGGUGAAGAAUUUUAAGUUAUUGUCAGAAUCGGAAGAAGCAGUAGGGUUCAUGGAUGUCAUAUUUCCGAGUCUUGAGUGUUUGACCCUUGUCGGAUCAAAUAUCAAGGAAGACCUAAUGCCUGCUUUCCAGAAAUUUCCGAGACUGGAAGAUCUAGUCUUCAAAAAUUGUGAUUACCUAGGAGGUAAGAUGAACAUCAGUGCACAAGGUUUUGGUAGGCUGAGGAAGCUUGAUUUGAUCAUGGUAAGAUUAGAUGAGUUGCGGAUCGAAGAAGGGGCCAUGCCCAAUUUGAUGGAGCUGGAUGUACAAAACCAGGACAUGCCCUUGGCUAAAGCAGCGUGCGCACGACUCUUCAACAUAAUGAAAGUCUAUGUUGAAAAAACCAUUAGGAGAGAGAAAAAGAGAGGUUUAGCAAUGGAGAACAGAGCAGAGAAGAGACGGAUCGUGUUGGUUCCAUUUCCAUCACAAGGACAUAUAACUCCAAUGAUGCAACUCGGUCAAACCCUUAACUUGAAGGGCUUCUCAAUCACAGUUGCUGUGGGAGAAUCAAAUCAAGUAAGCUCUCCAAAAGACUUCCCUGAUUUUCAGUUUUUCAUCAUACCAGAAAGCGUACCGGUGACUCAACUCCAGAGAUUCGGACCGGUGGAUUUUCUGAAGAAUCUCAACAAAACCAGCGAGGCAAGCUUCAGGGAGUGUAUAGCUCAGUUGUUGAUGCAACAGAGAAAUGAUAUUACAUGUAUCAUCUACGACGAACUCAUGUACUUCUCUGAAGCUGCAGCUAAAGAGUUCAAGAUUCCCAGUGUCAGAUUCAGCACUGUCAGUGGUACAAAUCAUGUUUGCGGCUGUGUUUUAGGAAAAGUCAAUGCUGAGAAGUUCUUGGUCGACAUUAAUGAUCCUGAAGUGCAAGAAAAAGUGGUGGAGAAUUUGCAUCCAUUAAGAUACAAACACCUACCGAUUUCAGGAAUGGGGCCAUUGGAGCCAUUUUUGGAGCUCUGUAGAGAAAUAUUUAGCAAAAGAACAUCUUGCGCUUUGAUCAUCAACACGGCGAGCUGUCUAGAGAGCUCGUCUCUAUCAUGGCUACAACAAGAACUGAGAAUUCCAGUGUUCCCAUUAGGUCCUCUUCACAUAACAGCUCCAGCGGUGGAGUCUAGUUUAAUGGAAGAGGACAUGAGCUGUAUUGAAUGGCUAAACAAGCAGAAACCGAGGUCAGUCAUAUACAUAAGCUUUGGAAGCAAAGCUCACAUGGAAACUAAGGAAGUAUCAGAGAUAGCUUGGGGAUUGUAUGAUAGCAACCAACCAUUCUUAUGGGUCAUUCGAGCGGGUUCAGAGUCUUUGCCAGAGGAAGUAAGUAAUAUGGUCUCAGAAAGAGGAUACAUAGUGAAAUGGGCACCACAGAAUGAAGUACUUGCACAUCCUGCAGUGGGAAGUUUUUGGAGCCAUUGUGGAUGGAACUCAACACUCGAGAGCAUUGUAGAGGGAGUUCCAAUGAUUUGCAGGCCUUUUGGCGGAGAGCAGAAGAUAAACGCAUUGUAUAUAGAAAGUGUUUGGAAGAUAGGUAUUCAGAUUGAAGGUGAAGUUGAAAGAGGAGUUGUGGAGAGAGCUGUGAAGAGGUUGCUUGUGGAUGAAGAAGGUGCGUGCAUGAGGGAGAGAGCACAUGUUUUGAAAGAGAAGCUCAAAGCCUCUGUAAGAAGCGGAGGCUGCUCAUACAAUGCAUUGGACGAGCUUGUAAAGUACUUGGAGACAGAGUGA